CCUGAAGACACCGCAAUGCCGGAUCACGGACCGGGACGGGUGCACCGUUUUCGCGACCACGUCGUCGCCGGCGUCAACUGGAGACCGACGCGGUUCCUCGACGAUGUUCCCAGUUCGCGUGUGUGCGGCCUCUGCCGCAUGAUCCCAAAACGGACGGUGCUGUUGCCGUGCGGUCACGCUCUGUGCCAAUCUUGCCACGCAGCCAGUCUCGCAGCGGGCGUUGGGCGGUGUCCGUUGGAUCGAGAGCCAUUCGAAGAAGAGGAGUGCGUCGGUUAUGAAUUCCCUACCAGGAAAGCAAACGCCGUGAUGGCAUACUGCUGGAACGAAGCUCACGGCUGCGAGUACACGGGCACCAUGGAGCGCAUGCUGGAACACUACGAGAACGAGUGCACAUUUCACACCGUGGAGUGUUUGCGAUGAGGCGAGGGAGUCCAGCACAGAGAACUGCCAACACACUACGUGAACGGGUGCAGGGCCGCUGUUUCUUCAGCCAUCACAGAGUCCUCGGAGCAUACAGCACCGACCCUUGCAGCCGUGAACGCUGCCCUUGAAGACGUGAAGGCGACGUUGGAAUGUCUCAACCACGACCAGCUGCUGCCAGUGAUUCAGAGUCAGUUGAAUGAGCUUAAAGAAGAAGUCAGACGCCAGGAAGCUACGUUCACUCGCAAGCUCGGAACAUGCGAGCACAAUUUAAAAGGCGAGGUGGCUCAAAUCGCCGCCACGAUUUCCUCGACCGUGUCGCACCAGCGGACAUCUCAGCAAAAUCCAUUGGAGCAAGCCAGCCCGUCGAGGUCGCUGUCGUUGCGCUCGGAACAAGAUGAGAUACGUCGAGAGUUGGAACACUUAGCCCACCUGGAACACUCGCGGAAAACUUCGCCGAAGCCUGAUUCCAGCCGUGUCAUUGCUCACUGUGAGGCUUUGAAAGGUGGCGUUCGGCAUUUGACCAGUGCGCUGUUGAAACCCGAGUACUAUGAAGUAUAUGGGAACGUGACGUAUGUGCUGACACUAGGAAACUGAGGAAAUCAUUCAGUGCCAGGAAGCCUUCAAACAGUUUGCCGAGAUUACGGUGCGGCACAUGAACGACACGUACUUUACCGUUGCCGUUUGGAAGUACGGCGAUCGUGCAGCUGAGCUCGUUCUCAAGAUCCAGUUUAACGGGAUGCUGGUGGACUCUAAGUGUUGGCCGCCUUUCUGGCAGGUUAGGGCAAUGCAUAAAAAAACAUCCCAUGGACAUUGCUCGACUUCCCAAGCCAAGCCUUGUUUCUGCAACCGCGAUGACCUCUCACCGCUACACUUCCACCUCCUAUUUCAUAUAGACAUUGCCACGCUGGAAAGUGACAGGUACUUCCGAGACGGAAAGGUAGCGUUCCGUAUCUCGCUCACCGAUAAAGAGAUGCACGGUAGCAUCAGAGCAGCCCCCUAACCUUCGUCAUCGCACAAUGUGCACUGCACCGGAGAAUCCUCCUCGCCGCUUCACAAUAUGUGUCACAGGAGCUUAACGAAUUUUUGAUCUCCUUUCUAGUAAAUGAAGUGAGCUCUACGACAUCUGUUUUUCGGAAAUUUGCUAUCACUAGUAACUCUCAACCUAUUCUGUUCUGACUUUACUGGCCGUUCGUUUUGUUUCUUUCUUAUGCUAAUACAGUUUUUGUU